AUGCGUGGCCUACCAGGGAGUCGAAGGGGAGAAGCCAAAUUGGUCCAUCUUGCUGAACGGGCCCUGGCGGGAGAACUGAACGCAAUCGUCGGUCAUGACAAGAGAGCAGAUCCUGCUCGGCACAGUUGGAUGCCCAGUCUCCUCUUUUCGUGGGUGCGUUUGUGCGAGUAUACACACGUGUUGGAGGGGCACUGCUCUGGGCUGGUGAAGACCAGCAGGAUUGGAUACGGUGAAAGAGUAAUCGGACCGCCUGGGGACGGGGCUGAAGAUGAUUUUGGUCUUGGCUGA